AUGAAGAGACCGGCUGCAGCCAAGCGGGUAUUAAAGGGGCCCGCUGCCAAACGGCCCGCCGCCGCCGCCAAGCGGCCGGCGGCCGCAAAAGUAGCCAAGCGACCAGCAAAGAAGCUGGCGGUUGAUCCGGUGUUCCUUUCUGAGUGGGGUGGUGAAGACACUGAAGCCCCUACGGCUGUGCGCGAAGGGACUGUAUGGCUGGAAAGCCUACCAACUGAUGCAUCGCUCUUUGCGUCCCUGGCUGCGAAGGAGGAGCUUACGCGAGUGCACGAGCAACCUGAGGGUUUCGUGACGGAGUGGAAUGAGGCUUCGGACACAGCCUGGGGACGCAUCCGGCGGUGGGAGGUAGCCAUGAUACCUGAGGAUCGUUCCGGCUCUAUUGUUUACGAGGAUGCCAUCGCACGUACCGUGGACCAUAAGGUGCUGGUGUCCUGCUUUGCGGUGCAGGAGUCUGUGGAUGCAGCUGUAGCUUCAUGCUGGCAGCGGGUGGUCGGUGUCGCUCGCUUUGAUGGCGUCACCGUGGGUGUCCUGCAG